AUGCCUUCUGUAAGCGUUAAAGUUGUAUUAAGUGAUAGAAAAGAAAUACUUAACUGGCAAAUACAUCCUGUUAUUGGUAACCCCUCAUUAUGCAAAUUUUUUCAUUUAUUAGCUACUGGAGAAAUUUCUCCUGAAGUUUUUAUUAAUAAUAAUUAUCAUGAUUUUGUAUUGAGAGUGAAAGUGGGAAAUUUAUUAAAGGAUGAAUUUAUUAAUGUUAAUAUUCAAUAUAAUUUGAAUGAAAUUUUACAAACAAUUGGAAAUUUUGUUUUAUUUGAAUUACUAAUUCCAGAAGAUUAUCAACCACCUAUACAAAAAGAAAAGAUGCAUUUAGAGAACUUAUAUAUAAUAGAAUGGAUAAGAAAUAAUGGUAGAGCAAGGGCAAUAUAUCCUCCUAAAGAAUUUGAAGAAUUUUUUAAUAGAUUAGAUUUAUCAAGUUAUAAGAAUGCUAGGCCGCAAUUUGAUUAUGAUUGUGUGAAUAGAUAUGCAAAUUUGCUUUUUGGACAUUUGAAUAUGCCAUGGAUAGAAAAAUCUCAAUUUAAUUGGUUAUUCCCUUUAUUAGAAAAAUUUUCUAACUGUUUAAUUGAAUAUUCUACAUAUUUGAAUGAACAGAAUAUUGAAAUAAGCAAAAAUCAUCAAUUAGAAUUUCCAGUUAGAUCAUUAGAUGAUUCUAUUAGUAUUAAAAUUUAUGAUGGCACUAGUUUUUUUUCAAGCCCCCAAACUAAAUCCAAUUAUGAAAGUUUAAAUAAUAAACUAUCUACUUUAUCUUAUUGGAAGGUAUUAGAUAUUGAACCAUUUGUACCGUCAAAACCAAG